GGUCUCUCGGAGAAGUUAGCAGCAGUAGGGUACCAGUCUAGUCCGUGGCCACGAUGGGUGUAAUACCAUGCCUUCUGAUCGUCCUCUUUUUCGGGACAAGAUUUCAGCUAAACGCUGCUCUCCAGUGUUACUGCGACCGCUGCAGUGCCAACUCCAGCUGCACAACCGACGGCGUCUGUUUCGUGGCCCUCCGGAAGUCGGGAAGCCAGGUGACCAUCGAGGGGCGCCAGUGCGUACCUGAGAUCGAGCUGAUUCCACGAGACCGGCCCUUCAUCUGUGCCCCGUCCGUAAAACAGGACUCCGGCAUCUACCCCACAUGCUGCCUCACAGACUACUGCAACAAAGAUCCAGACAUCGACAACAUACCGAAAGACCCCCCAACCACCCACCCUCCUCUGGGCCCCGUGGCCCUUGCCGCAGCGAUCGCAUGCCCCGUGUGUGUGCUUUGCCUGCUGCUGGUUUUGGCRUUCUACAUUUGUCACAACCAAAGAGGUCUGGGGGCUGGAGGGGCUGGAGCCCUCCACCAUCGUGUGCCCAGUGAGGAGGACCCAACCAUGGACCACCCCUUCAUCAACGUUGGAACAACUCUGAAAGACCUCAUUUACGACAUGACCACCUCAGGCUCUGGAUCAGGUCUGCCACUGCUGGUUCAGAGGACCAUAGCCAGAACCAUCAUCCUGCAGGAGAGCAUAGGGAAGGGGCGUUUUGGUGAAGUGUGGCGGGGUAAAUGGCGCGGUGAGGAGGUAGCAGUGAAGAUUUUCUCUUCUCGAGAGGAGCGCUCCUGGUUCCGUGAGGCUGAGAUCUACCAGACUGUGAUGCUGAGGCACGAGAACAUUUUGGGUUUCAUUGCUGCUGACAAUAAAGAUAAUGGGACAUGGACCCAGUURUGGCUGGUGUCAGACUAUCAUGAACACGGCUCCCUGUUUGACUACCUGAACCGCUACACCGUGACCGUGGAGGGCAUGAUCAAACUGUCCCUGUCCACAGCCAGUGGCCUGGCCCACCUACACAUGGAGAUAGUUGGAACACAAGGAAAGCCAGCGAUCGCACACAGAGACCUGAAGUCAAAGAACAUCCUGGUGAAGAAGAACGGGACGUGCUGCAUCGCCGAUCUGGGUCUCGCUGUCCGACACGACUCUGCCACAGACACCAUCGACAUCGCUCCAAACCACAGAGUGGGAACCAAAAGGUAUAUGGCUCCAGAGGUCCUGGACGACUCCAUAAACAUGAAACACUUUGAGUCCUUUAAGCGGGCGGACAUCUACGCCAUGGGCCUGGUGUUCUGGGAGAUCUCCAGCCGCUGCUCGGUGGGAGGCAUUCACGAGGACUACCAGCUGCCCUACUUUGACCUGGUUCAGUCCGACCCGUCGGUGGAGGAGAUGAGGAAGGUGGUGUGUGAGCAGAAGCUUCGGCCAAACAUCCCCAACCGCUGGCAGAGCUGCGAGGCUCUUCGGGUCAUGGCGAAGAUCAUGAGGGAGUGCUGGUACGCUAACGGAGCAGCGCGUCUCACCGCUCUCAGGAUCAAGAAAACUUUGUCUCAACUCAGCCAACAAGAAGGAAUCAAGAUGUAGACACAACAACCAAACACACACGCACACACACACCUGUGACUGACACCUCUAUCAUUAGCAUUACAACAUCUCUGUCCUGGUGAUGAUCCUUCACUUCAUUUCAUGCCUUCAUUCGCUGACUGAGGAAUCUGGUUUGUUGUGUGUGUGUGAGUUGCACUGAGCUGAGACACACACACACACACACACGAAUGACUGGAUGGAUGGAUCAGAUGAAGGAUGUUUGUGCCUGAAAGGGAUGAUGGAAGUGUUUAAGGAAGCUUCCUCUCAUUCUCACUUUUAUUCCCACCGCUUAAUACACCUACAGCAAGAGGCCGCCCUCGACUUCAUCUUCAUCAGCCGCUCCUUUAGUAAAUCACUGUUUCAUUCUUCAUCUCAGAGGGAAAAAGCUCCUCUUCAGUAGGGCUGCAAGCUGCCGUUUGGACCAGACCAAAACAAAGCAUCUUUAGACGGGACUUCAGGGUUAGUUAAACCGCUUCAGACUAAAACACGUGAACCUCAGAUAAAGUUAGCACUCACUUCUCCCAUCUUCUGCGGGGCUUCAGGAAAACAGUAGAUAGAAGKAUGACCAGUGUAAUAAAGCUAAGCGAAAACGUUUUUUAAAGUUGUCUUGACAAUAACACACAGCUCAAACAAGAGUGUGAUGACAGAUGGUCCUAAACUUCAGGUUUUACCCACAUCAGUCUGAACACAGUCGGGCCGAGACUGAAGCAACAUCAUGACAGUAACCAGGGGUGCAGGUCCAGCCUGUUGGGUCGGUGUCCCUGCACUUAAUUUAGUUCUGUUGUUUCGUUAAUUCAUCGUUAGGGUGGUUUUUAAAGUGAGGUUCUGUAGAAAGGUUAAAUAUUGCCUCUUUGACUGGCCUCAGCUUGGAAAAAUACAGUUUAAUUCUGACCAGAUUGAACUUCUAGUUUGAGUUAUGAACAUUUAAAAAAGGUUGGACCACUCUCUCCCAUUGCUGCUGUUCUUAUUUACGCAAAUAACCGUGUGAUGUGAAACUGACUUCAGUGUUAAACUUUUUGCGAUAGUUGUUUUAAGAGGGCCGACUUUAGUUUUGCUCAUCAGUCCUGUCAGAAUUAAACUGUGUGGAGAUUUAACCUUUUUGAGCUUACAUCAUGUUACAAUAUCAUUCCCGCGUCAAAACCACACCCAGAGUGUUGCUUUGACUCAUUGUUGCAUGUUUGAUCCAAAUCCUUGAAUCUCCUGUAGCCAUGUGGAGCUGCCUAAACGCUUGCUGGUACAAAGCUCCACCUAUUUGUACCCAGCUUCACAGAGCACCUAGGGCUGGGCGAUAUGGCCUAAAAUCAAUAUCAUGAUAUAUUGACCAGUUAAUAACGAUAAAUKUACGAUAACUCUUACCACCCACCACACACAAGUACACGGUAUAGUAUAGUCAUAAUACUAYACACUGUGUCCAUGUUUUUAAUCAAAGUUCACAGUUUAGAUUUUGAACAGCUUUUGUGUAGUUUAUAUUUGUCAUUUUAGUGUUUUUAAUAUAUUUAAUAAACAUUUUUGGCAAGACUUGAGUCAGAUAUAGUCAUACAGUUAUUUAACCAUCUCCAUAACUUUUCAUUGCAAACACACACAUUAUGUAUGUACUAUAAUUUUAUAUUUAAAAAUAUAUACCAAAUGUGUAUUUUGUACUUCACAAAAUAACUACAUGUUUUGUUAGACUGAUUGAUUWAUCUAUUAARAUAACUAUUUCUUUCAAAAAGAUUAUAUUAUUUGGAGAGCUCAUAUAAUCAUUUAAUACAAUUUAUUCUUCAUAUUUGACCAUUCAUUGAAUCACAGAGAAGUUYAGUCACAGUAUGGUUCUAAACUUAAGAUAAGCUACAAAAAUAAACUACAAAAGGAACAUAGCGUUUUUUGUUUGUUUGGUUGGGUUUUUUUUUUUUUUUGCGGGGUGGGGAGGGGGCUAACGCUAARCGGAGACUCAUCUUUUCUAUACCGGAGCAAAGUGUCCAACUGAGUGAAUAUUUUGGAAGAGCAGCAGCUCUCACAGAACUCAGCCUCUGCGCACCUCGACGCGCUGUCGAGGAGAGGAGUUUGGUCCCGUGAGCAAAGUUACACAUACCUGUUAGAUAAYGAAGCUCUGAACACAUAAACUUGUAGUGUGUUAGAUUUUAGAUACCAACGUCUCGGGUAGUUCGGGAGCAAAGUGUGGAGGACGGGCUUUGCUCGCUCAGGACACAUGAGCUGAAGGUUGGCCGGUGUUCAUCCUGCAGACUGCUGCACCGAGUCGACAUCAGAAAGACCUGCCCUGCUCUGAUUGGAUAAAGCCGUGGGGUGCGUUUGAUUUGUUGAAAGCAGCGUCUGUUUAAACAUGUAUCAGACUGGGCUGCCCAGUUUUCUGUUGCGGUCUCGCAACUGAAAACAAGCUGGUUCUCCGACAUGGGCAGAAUGACGUUAGUCAUGAAGUGAGCAUAUCAUGAUAUUCAUUUUCCUGGGCAAGUUUUUUUUUACCGGUAUUAUCGUGAACGAUAUGAUACUGUAUGGCCCAGCCCUAAGAGCACCCUCCAUGAAGCAAAAUGAUGCAAAAUCUAAUUUAUUUUUUAUAUAUCCACUUUCAUAACUGAAGGUAACAUAGUUACUUAAAUGUGGUAAAGAGUUGAACUAUAUGCCUGGACAAUACAUACCCCCCCCACCCCCAAAAAAAAAAAUACAAAAAAAAAAAAACAGCUGAGGUCAUUCAAGAAGGCUUUAACAGGUGAGAUGAUAAAAGUUCAGAACUACAAAACAUCUGUAAUAUCCCUUUAAAGGAGCAGCAGAGAGCCGACAGUGAYGUUCAGUAUGUGGAGUUUGCAGCCCUACUGUAGCGUUUGCUUCCAUUAGAUGAGGCCUGGACCUCCUGGUCUCRUCAUCAUGUUGAGUUCAGUUUCCUGGUGCUUUCAGGGAGCCACUCCGCUCACGGUUUCUGGAUUUGCUUUUUGAUGGCAGGGUUCUAUUAUUGUUGUUAUUUUUUUCUUUGUUUUUUUUUUUUUUUUUUUGCCGAGUUAAACUGGACAUGGUGACCUCAUUCAUUUUUUUUUCUUUUUUGGCGAACAUGCUGCAACAUAUGCAAUAUACAGUAGAUGAAUGAACGUGUCUAUUUUCUAUACUCUGCUCUGCUAAACCACAAACAGCAAGACCAACAACAAUCAGCUGCCACCAUGCCUUCCAAKCCAGCUGUUACCGGAAAGUGCCAGUGCUUWAAAAACCCAACUCCUCUCAUGUCGGCUGCUGUGCACAGCUCUGUGUGCGUGUGUGUCUGUGUGUGUGUGGGCCUGCAGGAGCCUAGAGUAGAACCAGCUUGUACUAUGCACACCCAAGUUGUACGAAGGGGUAGCAGCAGGGAACACACACACACACACACACAGAGCAAACACACACCUGAGCCGCUGCAGCCAGCCGACACUCUGGUGCCAUUUUGUUACGACUUCGCCCUGAACCACCUCAGCAACAAGUCAUUACCCAGCUCGUCCUCUCAGAGUCUGGAACUGCGCUGCCUCCAAACAUCACCACACAAAGACCUGUCAGCAUCACUGAUGUUUCCCUAAAACAAACAAACAAACAAACAUCAACCCCCUGGCUGUGCAGCAGCACACACCAACCCUGCAAGAAACAACAACAAAAAGCAGUGAGCUUCUUUGAUUUCAAUAUAGCAAAUGGAUAUUUACUAAGCCAUAGGUUUUCCAGGUGUGUUAUUGUUCUUUUUUUGUUGUUGCACGGUCUUUUCUAUCAGAAUGUACAUUUACAACAAACAGAAACAUCAGCUUAACAAGCCUUAAGGGACCAACACGUAAGAGUCAGUAUAUGCUCUUAUUAUGACUUUUUUAUAGUUUUUAUGAAAAAAAAGAUGCAUAUAUAUAAAUAUAUAUAAAAUUGAUUGAUUACUAUGAUAAAUGUAGUUUGAUUCUAUGUAAAAGACAAAAGAGAUAUAUGUAGCACCUGAUUUUUGUUUCAGUCCUGUGUUUUAUUUUAUUUUAUUUUUCUGCCAGCAUUGCCAUACAUGCAAACUGCUUUGAUUAAUUAUGUUCAUAAUGUUUAUCAGAAGCACUUGGUUUGUAAUGUGCAGGUCUAAAGCAGGUUGAAGUUACACACAGGAAGYGAUCGGAUCGGUCUCUGUUCAGCAAUAAGUGCACUUGUGUCCCACUCAGAGUUUACCUGUAUGGCAGGUUGGAUGUUGACGUCUGUCUGUCUCCAUUGUUCUUCUUCAUGGAUUCAUGAUGUAUUAAUGUGCUGCUACUUGGUUGACCACCCAGCUGCCUGAGUGGAUGCUUGAGCUGUGGUUGGAUGUACAUAUCUUCAGUUUGCCUGUGCCAACCCAUCAUCAUCAUCAUGGCUGUACUUGACAGCCAGUGUCUGUGGAAGAUCAGCAGUUUGUGUCACUUACGAGCUUUUAACAAAAAAUCUGCAGCUUUGUUAGACGAAAACUGCUGUGCCAUUUUUAUUUAACAAAAGAUAAAAAAACGUUAAAGGUAGCAGCAGAARGAAGUAUCUCACUGGGCUGCGACUAUUUUUGCAAAACCCCAWUCGCGAGGGAGUCUCCAAAAGUGUAUUGAAGUGUUGCAGAGGAUUGUAGUCCUGUCACUUCAUUUUGAAAAUGUUUUUAAAAGUUGAGCUGCAAAAUUUCUUUUAAAAUUGUUCAGUCUUGCCCUGUGCCUCUUGAACCUGCCUCAAUAGCUAGAGAUGUAUUUUGACACUCAAAAGCAACUGAGGCUACAGCCCCGGAUGUCUAGGUCUAUAAGCUGCUUCAAUAAUACGUUAAUUGAAAAACUGGUUCAAAAUUGCCCAUCUUAAUCUCAAAAUGGUCCYCCAGUAGAUCAAACUAGUCUCCUACAUUCACAGUCCAGCGAUGUACUACCUAAAUAGAUUUAUGUCUCAAGUAAAGACCAUCUAAACCUUCAUACCAGUCAAUCAGACCUCUUUACAUUUUAUGAUUUUUAGUUAGUGGGGGUCUGUUUUCUCUAGAUGGAUCAAGAUGUUUCUAACCAACAUCAUCUGGUGAAGACGAGUCACCUAAAUUAGGCAAAGUGACCCACGAAUGGGGAAACUUGACAAUUAGAUCAGUGAAACCAAAACCGAGACUCCCUCUGCUGGACAUCUUUUUAGUUAUAAAUGGUGCUACAUCUCUGAAAACAAUUUAAAAAAGAAAACAAGCAAACAAAAAAAAAAAACACUUCAGUUAACCAACUGACGAUGAAUGUGACACCUCCAUGAUCGCUUGCUACAAGCUGCAGACAGUGAUGUCAUUUUGUCUUCUAAGAAAAAUUAACAGAAGCAAAACAAGUUCAGUUCCAACCAGAGUGUAUUUUAAUUUUUCUGAGUCAACCCUGUGAAUAAAAUAUUCUUUAUUAUGUAGAAAUGGUUARGAGUUGGAAGAAGUGACAUUUUUAGUUUUGUAAAUAGCCUCUGGAGUAAACAAAUAUCCUCAUUUAUAUUAUUUUAUUUUAUUUUUUAUAAAGCAAAAGUGGUCAAACUGCUAUGGCUUUCUGGUGCCAGAUAGGGACCACCUGGAGGUCAUGGAUUCAAGAAGCUGUAUGGGUUUAAAUUCUACAAAAAAUAUGUCAGACAUCCCUUUAACAAGUCCUGGGUUUGAUCUGCUGGGCUUUCAGGUGGAACUGAGGCUGGAUUUUGUUUUCCAUUAGCAAAGUCAUUCUCUGGGACAUGAACAACAACAAGAACUGAGCAGCACUUCUGCUACGCCUCUACUGUAACAACCUUCAUUCUGUCUUAAAGUCACCAGCAGACUUUAACUUUUAUGUUCAAACCAAGUUUUUUUAAAUGAAUGUCUUGUUCUUUGGUGGUCUUUAAACAUAAAUCUUUGUCUUUGGUCAGUUCUUGUCUUUUUGUUUUGUCAUUCCAUGUUGUGGAAUUAAUUGAACAUCUACAACUAGAAGGAGGCCCUCCCUUAACCUCCACGCCCCUCACUGCAGCCCAGACUUASAGCCCCGACUGCUCCAUCUAUGUCCAAGUUUCAUUGAAAUCCUUUGGUAGGUAGACCACUCCCAUUAGGUUAGACCCCUCAGGUUUGGUAGAUUCCUUCAAUUGUAUGGGCAUCUUAGGUCGGUAGACCUCUCAGAUUAGGGUAGACCCCUCGGGUUUGGUAGAUUCCUUCAAUUGGGUGGGCGUCUUAGGUCGGUAGACCUCUCAGGUUUGGUAGAUUCUAUUGAUUGGGUGGGCCACUUAGGUAGGUAGACCUCUCAGAUUAAGGUUGAUCCCUCAGGUUUGGUAGAUUCCUUUGAUUAGGUGGAAGUUUUAGGUUGGUAGACCUCUCAGAUUAAAGUAGACCCCUCAGGUUUGGUAGAUUCCUUCAAUUGGGUGGGCCUGUUAAGUCAGUAAACCUCACAGAUAUGAAACAUUUUUCCAGUCCAGUAUGUUCAAUCAAGGUGAUACCUCAGGUUGGGUAGAUCCUGUCAWGUUGAGUGGACAACUGAUCAGGUUUACCCCUCAGGUUGUGUAGGUCCCUUUGGUUGGGUAGUUCCUUUCAAUUUGGUAGGUCUCUCAUGUCAGGUAGACCCCUGUGGUCACAAGGGUUUGGGCUGUGCAGUUGAACAGUACAGAGGCCUUUCUUGGUGUUGUACUCAAGAUGUGAUGGAAGCAGAUGAGGAGCAUAAAUUCUAAUUGGCGCUUGUUUUAAAUUGUUCUAGAAAGACAUGUUUCAAAGUCCAACCAGGGUUCUACAGGAACUUUAUUUUUAAUAUUCGGCAGGUUUUUACAUGUUUGACUAUAACAUUGUUGGACACACAGUGGACGUGUCUUUGUAGUGUCUGAUUUUCAGCACCGUCWCCUCGAUAGAUGCAGAUCAGAAAUAGCAGAAGCUUUUGGACUUUAUUUUGAAAACAUGCCGAGGUACAGGGACUGAGCUCAGACCGGCUGCAGUUUUCUCCAGCAGGCAUGACAUUGAUUGAUGUAYGUGUCAUAAACGCCGGCCAACAUUAUUGAAGUAUUUCCACACCUUGUCUCAGGAAGUUUACCCUCCUCGGUUGUAUUUUACUUCACUAAUCAGACUUAAAAAUGUUACAGAGAAAACCUGCUGUAGCCGUUUUUGUUGCCUGACUUUCCGGUCUAUAGCUCAGGUUUAAUGCACAAACUGCCAAUCUCAGCCUGGCAGCACAAAGGACAUAGGCAGCACUUGUCUUUCUCUGAUGCAAAGUUGGGUUGAGUCGUGUCCUGGUGGAUUUCACAGAUUGACCAACAGUCAGAUAAGGGUUGUGUUCUGAUUGCUAUCAUCAUCAUCAUCAGAGGGUUGGAUCUGAUCCUCUGAGCUGCAGUGAGGCUUCUGUGGCAACAACCGUAGCAGAGAGCUUUAUCAUGUUUUCUUUUGUGCCUCAGUUGAACCUUUCUCCUUGGACAGACAGGACUGCAUGUGAUCAUUCAUGUGUCUGCAUUACGUGCUUUAUAUCAAUGUCAUCCAAAAGCUGAGAAAUAACUUAAGAUACAAACAGUUAUUAAUCUUAAAAAGGUCACUUAAUCGAAAAAGAAAAUACCUCUGAUUAAAGACCAAUGUGUUUUACCUCACUGUAAAUAUUCUUGAUUUGUUUACUCCAGGUUUGCAGUUUUUCUCUGAAGUGCUUCAGAUGUUCUUUUUGACUAUACUUUCUGUCAGGUUGUAUUGUGUCUGUAUAGUAUUCCUCUUUCUCCUGUGAUCUGUUGUCUGUGAGCUGUACAGUCAAAGAGCUUUCCAAAUGUCUUGGCCCACCUCUGAGCUCUGGRUGCAGAUGCCUUUUUCAGUAUGUUCCUUUGGUUUAACAGAAAAUUUAAAAAAAACAAAACUAGAGGAGUUUAGAGUGGAGGGGGUGGACUGAAGCAGAAACCCCUCACCAUCGCUUCACCUCUCAGCUCGCAGGCUUGUGCAUUUCUAAAUGUAUUCUUUUUUUUUUAAUUUAGCGUGUACAGCUGAAUGAGAGAUCAACAUAGGAACUAGAGGAUUGAUACUUCUGUUACCUUCUAACAUAGAUCAUGUAGAAAACAGUGUGAAUAAAGAAAGUUUCACUAGA